AUGGGGAUUUGGGCACGCCACCUGUACCUGGCCGAUGGCUAUGAUCGUCGCGAAGAUCACGAGAAGGCCAAAUUCCAUGCGCGGGAGGCGACCAUCCUGUUUGAAGGAAAGGUCAUCGAGAAGCCUGGCACAGCCUGUAUUGCCUCCUGGCCUGGUCUCUACGCAACUGCCUGGCAUUACUUGGCAAGACGUGCUCAAGGUGCCCAAACAAGUGCAGCCGUGGUCUUUAUGGCUGAGGGUACCCAGCUCUAUGGGAAGCACUGCCCGAUACCUGAGGAGGAGGAGUUGCAUGGAGCCUGUUGGUGCUUUCCACUGUAUGGGGAGGAGAAGGAAUGGGGCUGCAAGUGGUGGGAAGUAUGGAUUCAGAAUGUCCACAUGGCCAUGGCAUGUGGCGCUGUCCUCCAUGUCUACUUCUGGGAGGGGCUUUGUGCGAAAGGAAAGGCUGCAAGUUUUGCCACUGUCGGACAAGAAAACUUUGCCGGAGAGAGUGUGAGAAACAAGAUCAAGGACUUUGAGAACAGCAAAGAGUUUGAGGAUGCGAGGCAAGCUGGUAUUUUGAGGCUUUCCGACAAGAAGAGGUAUGAUGGCUCAUCCCAACAGAGUCGUGAGAAACAGCGUUUAUUCCGGCAAUGGCUGCCACCGCAGGAGCGCAGGGUUUUGGAGAAGGCAGAAGGACUGGGAGAUUCCCAGAGAGCUGAGGUAGCCUGGCUUGACAGAAAGGGAUACCCGUACAUAGAGAUGGAUGUGUCCCCGUUUCUGAAGCCAGCUGAUUCUGAAGCGCGCGAGGGCUACCUCUUGAACGAGAACUCCACCGGCGACAAGAUGGAGGCCUCGCUCUACCGGGCCCGUCAGACGGGCCCCGGCGAGGGCCGUACCGGGCGCCGUACCGGGCCAAGUGGAUCAAUGUGA